AUGAUGGAAUCAACAAAUACAACUACUGAUCAACAAACACCACCAACAAUACCGAUAAAUAAUAGUAGUAGCCGCCGAAAACAAAGCAAACCGAAUAGACUUGAACAUGUUGUUCUUGAAAGUACAUCGACAUGCGAUACAAAUAAUUCAUCUUCAAUUCUUCCACCAUUAACUCAAUAUCAUGUAGCUGCAGAACAACAAGAAAGUGGAAUAGGCGACGAUGAUUCAGAUCGUGUUAGUUUAAAUUGUGAAGAUGGUUCGUUAUCAUCUCAUUCAACAGGCGAACAUUAUGCAAUGGAAGAUAUUAUUAAUCGUUCAAGACGUUCAUCACAUCAGCAUCAAUCACAUUCAAUUGAUAAAACAAAUUUAGAUGAAAAUAUUCAAAGAAUGUUAGUUGAAGAAAAUGAACAACACGAACAUAUUGAUCAUAAUAAUGAAACGAUUGGUAUACUUGAUUUUAGUUUAAAAAUGGAUGAAACAAAUAAACAUGGAUUAAAUUCCACAAAUCGCUCACGUUCAAUAAAUACAACAGGAAAAUCACGUUCAUUGAAGCGAAAACAUCAAAGUGAUGGUAGCGAUAAUAAUGGCAGUAUUACAAUGCCAACAAGAAUAUUUCAUGCUGAUGCGUUUUGUGCAAUUUGUCGAAAGGAAUUCUGCAACAAAUAUUUUCUAAAAACUCAUUUGGCUAAUAAACAUGGUAUUUUCGAUCAUCAAUCUGUUGUACCAACUGUUUCAACUCCAAAUCUUUCAUCUUUACAAGGCAAUACUGAUACAAACAAUGAUUCAAAUCUUCAACAUCCAUUUACUGUAAUAUCAACAUUAUUACACAAUGGUCAUGAAGAUUUUUCAUCGUCGCCAAACUCACCAUCAUCUGAUAUGAUUCAAAAUCAUCAAAAUAAUGAUGAUGAAAAUGAAAAUGAACUUUCUUCAUUAAGACAUGAAAUGAAUGGUGUUAUAGCCGGUGAUGAAGAUAACAAUGAUAAUCAUCAUCAUGAUCAUGAACAAGAUGAUAAUAAUGAUAAUAAUAAUAAUAAUAAUAAUAAUAAUAAUGAUGAUGGUGAUGAUGAUGAUGACGAUGACGAUGAUGAUGAUGACGAGCAGGAUGGAACCAAUUCAAAUUCAUUAAUUAAUCUUCCACAGAAAAUUGCAACGAUAUUAUGUAAUGAUAAUAAAAAUAUUAAUUCUGUAGCAAUAUUAAAUGAUAAUGAUGAUGAUGAUCAACACGAUAUGAUAACAAAUUCUCCAACGACUAGUUUAGAUUUUCAACAGCAAGCAUCAUCAUCAACACAAAUAUCAAAUCUACCACCGACACCAUCAUCAACAACAACAACAACGGCAAAUUUAUCACGACAAUCUUCAGCUAAAUUACUUGAGGAUUUCUGUGAUAUUUGUCAAAAACAUUUUUGUAAUAAGUACUAUUUACGGAAACAUAAAUUAGAUGUGCACGGUGUUCAAACUGAUUGUAAUAUAAAACCAUAUAAACGUAUUGAUAAUAAUUCAUUAGGAACAAAAAAUUCUCCACCGUCAACAUCAUCUCAACAAAAUUCUCCUUCUAUACAAUUACCAUCUUCAUUUCCAAAUGUUACAUUUAAUGCAUCAUCUGUUCAACAGAGUCUUGGUAUGUUACUUAAUCCAAUUUUUUCUCCUCUUGUUCAAUCUCAAACAAACUCAGAACAAACCUUAUUAUCAUCAAAUAAACGUCGUCACACAGAUAAUUCAAAUGAAUCAACAUCAUCGUCAUUAUCAUUAUCAAAAGCUCAAUUUACACCAUCACUUUUAACUGUUGCGUCAGAUGUAGCUAAUGUUUUUGCUAAUCAAUUAAACACAGUAACACACGGGUCAACAACACCAACAUCAACAGCAACAUCAUCAACAUCAUCAACAACAAAAUCUCAAAUAAGUACAUGUCAUUUAUGUGGAAAAAAGUUUCAAACAAAUGAUUAUCUACAAUUACAUUUAAUGAAUAAACAUCAAAUAACAUCAGAUAUACAAAAUUAUGAUACUCAACAACAGCAACGAACAAAAAUGUCAAAUUUAGUUAAAUCGUCUAAUGGUACAUUAAAUAGUAAUACAGUUAAAAAAAUAAAACUAGAAACAAAUGAAAUACCAUCAUCAUCAUCAUCAACAACAAUAACAACGACAGUUAUUAAGGCAUCAUCACCUAUUGACACAAUGACAUCACCAAAUCCUUCAGCUGUUAUACCAGGCAUAGUUGAUACAUACUUUGCUGCUAAAAUGGCUGAUCGAGUUUCGUGUGAUAUAUGUCAUAAGCAAGUAUGUAAUAAAUAUUUUCUUAAAACACACAAACUUAAAGUACACGGUGUUGGACCUGAUCCAAUGGUAACUUCAUCAUCAAUUCCAAUGACAAAUUCUGAAACUACUGACGAUAAUAUUGAACAACAACAGCAUUCAAUUUCAUCGAUGGAUGGCAGUCCGCUACAGCUUGUUGUCGAUGAAAUGAAUACAUCAAAUGCAGAACCAGGUGUUAUACCAAGUCCAGAUACUUUAACAAAUUCAGUUAAUACAUUUAUUGGUACAAAUAAUAAUAACAAUAAUAAUAAUAAUAAUAUUACAAGUAACGGUUUAAUUGAGCAAGCAACAUCAAGUAUUUGUGAGAUUUGUUCAAAAUCGUUUCCAACAAAAUUUCUUCAUGUCCAUAUGAAUAAUGUACAUGGAAUUCAACAGCCGCCAAUAACAUUAUUCAAUGGAACGACAAAUACACCCUCAAGUAAUAAAAAUAUAUUAGUCACAAAUACAAUUAAAAGGCCAUUAACAAAUGGUAAUCUUACAGGAAAUAAUAAUGUUCGUUUAAAACAAACACCACAAGUUCAGUUACGUGUUACCUGUCAAGAAUUGUGUAACAAAUAUUUUUUACGUGCUCAUAUGCGUAAUGUACACAAUAUAUCUGUGGAUGAUUUACGUUUAAUUCAACCAUCUGGAACGUCAGGAUCAACAUCUCAAUUAUCUCCAUCUUCAGAUUCUCAAUCAUCGAAAGCAACAUUUUCAUUAUCUUCAAAUAUUUUAACAUCAACAUCUAUUAUUCCAACUGAUAUGAAUCUUAUUUCAACAAGAAAAUAUUCAUCAACAAAUGAUAAUGAUUUAAAUGGUCAUAUAACUGAUAGUAAUGAAUCGGAAAAUAUCAAUCUAUCAAAAGAUAUGAAUAAUUAUUCAUCCUCAUUAAUAUCAACAGUAACGACUAAAUCAGCGUCAAAUGACAACAACAACAACAACAACAAUAAUAAUAAUAAUAAUAGUCGUCUGUUGUCUAUGCAACCUUUCUUAGUUGAAAGUGAUGAUGAUGUAUAUAAAGAUUUAUUUGUGCCAUGUAUGGUUUAUUUACCUUGUCGUCAUCGUGUUACCAAACCAUUAGAAGUAUCAUUACGACUUAAACCUGUUGAUAAUACAAGUUCUACAGCAGCAACAGCAGCAACAGCUAUAAUAGCUGAUUAA